UUCGGCGAUUUGAUUCCCAGCCUUCCCCCCUGCUCUGCCCACCUCCCAUUUCCCGCCCCUCUUUCCUACUACUACAAUAAAAAUAUCCAAAAUUCCCGAACAGAGUCACCCCCGCUUCUCAGAAACCCAAUUCCCGUUCCCGAUCCUCAUCACCUCAACCCCGCGCCGCCCCCUCCCCACCACCCUCGCCAUGGUCAGCGCCGCCGCCUCGCCGCCGCCGUCCGGGAAGCCGACGCAGGACGAGCUGAAGCGCUUGGCGGCGCACCGCGCGGUGGAGCUCGUGGAGCCCGGCAUGACGCUGGGCCUGGGCACGGGCUCCACGGCGGCGCACGCGCUGGACCGCCUGGGCGACCUCCUCCGCGCGGGCGCGCUGCCGGGGGUGGCCGGCGUGCCGACCUCGCUCAAGACGGAGGCGCACGCGGCGCGCGUCGGCAUCCCGCUGCUCCCGCUCGACGCCGCCAGCAUCGCGCUGUCCAUCGACGGCGCCGACGAGGUCGACCCGGACCUCAACCUCGUCAAGGGCCGCGGCGGCUCGCUGCUCCGCGAGAAGAUGGUCGAGGGCGCCGGCGCCCGCUUCGCCGUCAUCGUCGACGAGUCCAAGCUCGUGCCGCGCCUCGGCUGCACCGGCGCCGUCCCCGUCGAGGUCGUCCCGUUCGGCGCGCCCCACACGCUGGGCCUCAUCCGCGGCCUCUUCCACGGCCUGCCCGGCUUCCACGCCAGGCUCAGGACCACCACCGUCCCCGAGGGGGAGCAAGGCUCCGAGCAGCAGCCCUUCGUCACCGACAACGGCAACUACAUCGUCGAGAUGUUCUUCGACGGCGGCAUUCGCGGCGACCUGCGCGACAUCAGCGACCGCCUGCUCCGGAUCACUGGCGUCGUCGAGCACGGCAUGUUCCUGGGCAUGGCCACCGUCGCCAUUGUCGCCAAGAAGGACGGCACGGUCGCAGUCAUGGAAAGGAAGUAGUUAGUAUACAAUUCUUCGAAGCAGCCAUCGCCUGCUCUCCAUCAACGGCGUCUUCCUCUACGUGGCCAUCAUCACGACGACAAUAAGUAAUAAUUCUGCAUGUAGCCUGUGUCUGUGCAACAUCCAGCUACUCUUAUCUAAAGUUGGAGCUGUUAUUAUCGUGUCCGUGCGUCAUCCUCCCAUACUAUACUGAGUGUCUGCUGAUUACUAUGGAGUAUGUUAAUCAUCAUCAUCAUCAUUAUGUUAUCAUCACAAACCUUGUUAUUAGUGAUUCUCACGCUAUUUUACUAAACCA